AUGCAGCCACCGCGUUUCAAUAUUUGUGACUAUUUGGGUUUCUUGCUGGUUUCAUACUGCGUUGCACCCGAUGAAGAAGUGCGCAUUCAGAAAAGAACAUCGGAGGGCUUCGAGGUGGACUACCAGUGGACUUACAUCAAUUUUACCUGGGACACUCCCGAAGACUACAAGGAUGCUGUCUUAAACAAGAAGUAUAUACCGCAGAACAAUGCAAUGGGCGGCGUGAAAUUUUAUAACGAUCGAGUUUACAUCGCACUGCCGAGGCUGAGGACCGGAACGCCUGUAACUUUGGCUUACGUAACGCCGCAACGCAACGCGAAAACGAACCUGCUGUUAACGCCUUAUCCUUCGUGGAAUAUGAACGUCCAGAAUAGCUGCGGAACACUUCAGAAUGUCCAAAGUAUGGAGAUCGAUCGCAGAGGAAUCAUGUGGGUGUUGGACGGGGUGAGGAUUAACACUUUCACGAGUUGCCCACCGAAAUUGGUAUUGCUGGAUUUGAAUAACAACGGGAAAGUGCUGCACUCUUAUUCAUUUCAUAACGAGAUUAGUAUGCGUCAAGGAGGAUAUCUGAAUGACUUAGUUGUGGAAGAAAGUGGCGGAGGAUUUGCUUACAUAACGGACAGCAGUGCUCUGGAUCCUGGUCUAGUUGUAUACUCGAGGAGACAGGGCAGAGCUUGGAAGUUACGGGAUAAAACAAUGUUCGCUGAAUUCGAUGCUGCCAAUUUCACUGUAGACGGUGUUAGCGUAGUCGGUUUCAUCGGAGUCGACGGAAUAGCUUUAUCUCCACCACCUAAACAUCGCGACGAAGAAAGAUUGAUCUAUUUCACAGCUUUAAAUGGGUACAGCAUCUACGCCCUGAGCAAUAAGAUACUGAAAAACGAGGCUUACUGCAAAACAGAUCAGUGGAGAAGAUUCGUCAAAUACGUCGGAGACAAAUCGUCUCAAAGUGGUGGAAUGAUCAUGGACAAUAAAGGCAAUCUCUUUUACGGAUUGUUGGGUACAUAUUCUAUUGCGAAAUGGAACAUUUUCGAACCAUUCAGCACAGUGAAACAUAUAUACCAUGACGAAAAACAAUUGAUUUGGCCUGACAGUUUCGGUAUGGACUCUACAGGUAAUCUGUACGUUCUGACCAAUGGUAUAAUAAAAUUCUUCGAUACGUCUUAUCCAUUAACGCUCAACGGGAAAAUCAAAUUUAGAAUCCUGAAAACGUACACAGGAAACAAAAAUUACAUGUUUUCCGGCAAAUAA